UUGGAGAUUGUUGGUAUAAACAAAGAUUAUUUACAGCAAAUAUUUUGUUUUAAUACCUCACUAAAUCUCGGACCUCAUCCUUGUCCUUCAUCCCUUGCCUGUUAAAUCGAUUUGUCUGUAAUAACGUUCAUUUGCGUUAGCAGUUCGCCAAGUGAUAACCCCCCAAGCAGAGGAAAUCUAUAAAAAUAUCAAAAGAAAACAACAACAAUUAUAGAAAACUUUUUCAUUGACUUGGAUCGGCAGUAGUGCGUGUUUUAGUGAAAUAGAAUCAUGGCCAUUUUACGUUUUUACUCUAAGGAAGCUUGGGAAGAAGCCCAUCGUGUGAAGGUGUUGAAACAAUUAAAAAGCGCAUUCCCCAAUAUUGAGACUCUUCAGGUCGAAAAAUGUUAUCAUGUCGAGACGACAACCGCUAUUGAGCCUAAAGCUAAGACCUUGUUAAAAUGGUUGCUCAAACAUCCACAAGGUGAUGAAAGCAGUUUAUAUGAGAAAACUACCUUACCCGGUGAAAAGGAACAACUAUUUUUAGUAGAGAUUGGUCCACGUUUCAACUUUUCCACGGCCUUUUCCACCAACUGUGUCAACAUUUGCCAAAAUGUUGGUCUCACUCAAGUGACACGUGUAGAAUCAUCCGAUCGUUAUCUCAUUGGCUACUCUGGCGAGAAACCAAUUCUGGAACAGUUAGUUGAUUCGCUAAGUGAUCGCAUGACUCAAUGUUCUUAUACCAAGGAAAAUUUACCUGUAAAUAGUUUCAAUGAACAAUUGCCACAAUCUCAAGAGUCCUGGUACAAAGUGCCAAUUUUGGAAGAAGGUCGCAAGGCUCUAGAAGAAGUUAAUGCCAAACUUGGAUUAGCAUUCGGUGACUGGGAUUUGGACUACUAUACAGAUAUGUUUAAGAAUGUACUUAAACGUAACCCCACCACCGUCGAGUUGUUCGAUUGUGCUCAAAGUAAUAGUGAACACUCUAGACAUUGGUUCUUCCGUGGUAAAAUGAUUGUGGAUGGUGUUGAACAGCCACAAUCUUUAAUACGCAUGAUUAUGGAUACCCAAAAGAAUACUAAUCCCAAUAACACCAUUCAAUUUAGUGAUAAUAGUAGUGCCAUACGUGGCUUUAAACAUGUCACCAUAAGACCUGAGGUAUUCGAUGGUCCGGGUAUGGUUUCUUUGCAAACUGUAGAUUCGGAUUUGAUAUAUACAGCAGAAACACAUAACAUGCCUACAGCUGUGGCGCCUUUCAGUGGUGCCACCACAGGUACUGGUGGACGUUUAAGAGAUGUUCAAGGUGUGGGUCGUGGUGGUAUACCCAUUGCCGGAACCGCUGGCUAUUGUGUGGGUGCUUUGAAUAUACCAGGUUUCCCUCAACCCUAUGAAAAUGCCAAUUAUGAAUAUCCUUCUUCAUUUGCCAAGCCUUUGAAGGUACUUAUUGAAGCUAGUAAUGGUGCCUCGGACUAUGGCAACAAGUUCGGUGAACCUGUCAUUACCGGUUUUGUUAACUCAUAUGGUUUGACUAAUGCCCAGGAAGAACGUGAUGAAUAUGUUAAGCCCAUUAUGUUUAGUGGUGGUAUGGGCACUAUGGAAUCUACAAUGCGUCAGAAAAUUGAUCCAAAACGAGGCAAUUUACUGGCUAAAAUUGGUGGUCCAGUGUAUCGUAUUGGUGUGGGUGGCGGUGCUGCCAGUUCCGUGGAGGUGCAAGGUUCUAAUGAUUCUGCAUUAGAUUUUAAUGCUGUACAACGUGGUGAUGCUGAAAUGGAAAAUAAACUAAAUCGUGUUGUCAGAGCUUGUGUAGAAAUGGGAGAUAAUAAUCCCAUAUUGGCCAUACACGAUCAAGGUGCUGGUGGUAACGGUAACGUUUUGAAAGAAUUAGUAGAACCUGGCUUUGCGGGCGCUAUUAUUUUCUCCAAGGAAUUCCAAUUGGGUGAUCCCACUAUCAAUGCUUUGGAAUUGUGGGGUGCUGAGUAUCAAGAAAACGAUGCCAUACUUUGUAAACCCGAAGAUCGUGCCUUGUUGGAAAGAAUUUGCGAAAGAGAACGUUGUCCCAUUAGUUUUGUGGGUGUGGUAACGGGUGAUGGUCGCGUUACUCUAGUCGAAAGUGCAGCUGAUUUCGAAAAAGCCUUAACUGCCAACAACGAUGCCGCGGCAAUGGGACCUGUGCCUUUUGAUUUGGAAUUGAAACAUGUUUUGGGAGACAUGCCCAAGAGAGAAUAUCAAUUGCAACGUUUGAACAAUAAUCUAUUGCCUUUGACAUUUGAAAGUAAUUUGGAUUAUAACAAGAGUUUAGAGCGUGUCCUCAGCUUGGUGUCCGUGGGCAGUAAACGUUAUUUAACCAACAAAGUUGAUCGUUGUGUAACUGGCUUGAUCGCUCAACAACAGUGUGUUGGUCCAUUGCAUACCCCUUUGGCUGAUUUUGGUUUGGUCACAGUGUCUCACUUUAGCACAGAAGGUAUUGCCACCUCAAUUGGCACCCAACCUAUUAAGGGUCUAUUGGAUGCUGGAGCAAUGGCACGCAUGAGUGUAGCUGAGGCUUUAUCCAACUUGGUGUUUGUUAAAAUCACCGAAUUGGCUGAUGUCAAGUGUUCGGGCAAUUGGAUGUGGGCUGCUAAGUUGCCCGGAGAGGGAGCUCGUAUGUAUGAUGCUUGCGUGGAAAUGUGUCAAAUCAUGAAAGAGCUUAGAAUCGCUGUAGAUGGUGGUAAAGAUUCCUUGUCAAUGGCUGCUAAAGUUGGUGGAGAAACUAUUAAAUCUCCUGGCACUUUGGUCAUCUCUACUUAUGCUCCUUGUCCGGAUGUCAAAGUAAAAGUGACACCCGACCUCAAGGGUCCACUAAAUGGCGCCGAAACUUCUUUGAUUUGGGUGAACAUUGAAAAUAAAUUCCGUCUGGGAGGCAGUGCUUUGGCCCAAGUUUUUAGCCAACAAGGCAAUGAAUGUCCAAAUCUUAAACAAAGUGAGGUGUUAGUAAGAGCCUUCAACAUUACCCAAAAACUGUUGGCUGAGGGCAAACUUUUGGCUGGCCAUGACAUCAGUGAAGGUGGCUUAAUGGUGUGUGUUUUGGAAAUGGCUUUAGCUGGUUUGGCUGGUCUUGAACUAGACCUGACCAGUGCCUUGGCCAAAAUUUCCUUACAAGAUGUGGACAAUUCAUGCAAAAAUAUGCCAGAAUUGGCUGUUUUAUACGCUGAAGAAUGUGGUUGGAUUUUGGAAGUUGCUACAACAAAUGUUAAGGAAAUUCUAAAUACCUUUACCCAGGCUGGUGUGCCCAACCAUUUAAUUGGCUCUACCAAGUCAUGUGGUUUGGACUCUACCAUACACAUUGCUUGCAAUGGCAAAACUCUUUUGCAAAAUUCCGUUAAAUCUCUGUAUAAACAAUGGGAGCGUAUUAGUUUUGAGUUGGAAAAAUUACAAGCCAAUGCUGACUGUGCCAUAGAAGAGUUCAAUACAUUGGAAUAUCGUACUGGUCCCAAAUAUAACUGUACUGUAGAUCUGAGUUCAGAAUUGGUGUUGAAGCGUGCAGCCUGCUCUGUGCCCGUAGCUGUUUUGAGAGAAGAAGGUGUAAAUAGUGAUCGUGAGAUGAUGGCUUGUUUGCUAAAGGCCAAUUUCGAGGUUCAUGAUGUUACUAUGUCGGAUUUGUUAAGUGGUAAAACAACUUUAGAUCGUUAUCGUGGUCUAAUUUUCCCUGGUGGUUUCAGUUAUGCUGAUACGCUGGGUUCUGCCAAGGGUUGGGCAGCCAAUAUUAUGUUCAGCGAAUUGCUGGUACCUCAAUUCCAGGCUUUCAAGAAACGCCAAGAUACCUUCUCUUUGGGUAUUUGCAACGGCUGUCAAUUGAUGAGUUUAAUUGGCUGGGUGGGAGCUUCUGCCGAGGAAAGCGAUAAGCAAGUCAUCAAUCAACCAGAUGUUGCUCUUUUACACAAUAAAUCCGAACGUUUUGAAUGCCGCUGGGCCUCCUUACGCAUUGCCGACAGCAAAGCCAUGAUGUUGAGUAAAUUGUCUGGCUCAACAUUGGGUUGCUGGGUGGCUCACGGUGAGGGUCGCUUCUCAUUCCGCAACCAGGAAAUUUUGGAUAACUUGAAAACACAACAAUGCGUAGCCGUACACUACGUGGAUGACAAUGGCAAGCCUACGGAAGUAUAUCCCAUGAAUCCCAAUGGCAGUACUGAGGGCAUUGCUGGUCUUUGUUCUCAGGAUGGUCGCCAUUUGGCUUUAAUGCCACAUCCCGAGCGUUGUUUUGCCACAUACCAAUGGCCAUAUCUAUCGCCCGGUUUCAAUUGCAAAUCCCAAGCCAGUCCCUGGCAAAUUAUGUUCAACACUGCCUAUGAAUGGUGUACGGAAUCUUUGUAAUGAAAUAAUUUUUUAUAAAUACAUAUGUAAAUUCCUUUAAAAAAUAUUUGCAUUUAUUUUCAACAACUAAUGUUUAACUAAUUGUUUAUUAUUAAAAUAAUCAACAAAAAUAAAUAAAUUGUAAUUACUUUUAACAUUACAAAA